AUGUUCAAACUACCUAGAUGGAAAGAGGGCGACAACGAAGAUAUCAUCAAUGAGAGUUUUUCAUCCGAUCGAGAUGGCAUUUGCAUCCCCAAGACGGUCGUAGCUGAAGAGCAGCCUGCGGACCACCGUGUUGAUGAGACAUGGUUGACAUCAACCCUGCAACGAGAGGGUGUGAUUCCGGCCUCUCUGAAGAAUGCCGGACCAAUCAUUCUUCAUGCACUUCAUCUACUUUCGCGAUACCCAUUCUUACCACCUGACGAUAAGUCUCAGGGUUUACUCGAGGAUGAUUUCUGUCAAGGCCAAGAUUUACUGGCUUCAGCAGCAAUGGAACUCGAUGUUGGAAUAUAUACCGGCACGGUCCCGUCGAGCCAUAUUUCAGAGCUUCGCGAUCGAUCGGAAUGGAAUGAAGCUGCCAUUUGA